AUGCUCAACUUUGUCCUGCGCAUAUUCCUUUUUGCUGUUACGUGGAAAAAUUUCCUAGACAACAUAAGAAAAAAAGAUGAAAGCUUAAAAAAGGUAUGCGUAAUUAAUAAGAAUAAUGCUGUGAAAAGCGAAAAGAAGAAACGGAUCAAUGAUAAAAUUAAAAUUUGCAAAUUAAAAAGCCAGUGUAGUGGUGUCAAGGGUGAAAAAAACAAAAGGAGCAAGCAUGGCGAAAAGAGCAUUGUGAGGAAGAAGGCCAAGAAAAGUGAUAGCGUUAGUAGUGAGUCAUUCAGGGAAUCGAUAGAGGAGGAACUCGAUGGGGAAGAUGAGGAUGUAUAUGAUGAAGUGGACAUGGACGUGGACUUGGAUUCGGAUAUGGAAACCCAUUUAGAUGAAGAUGACGAGGAUGAUGAUGCGGGAGAUGAAGACAAAGACGAAGCGUUUGCUGAUGCCAGGAAGUAUUUUAAAGAAGGGCAAAAAUGUAUUACCCCCCCGAACGGGGAUGGCACAAGAGCUUUCUACGAAAGUCUACUUGAAGAAAAUCCCAAUUCACUCAUUGCCCUAAAGUACUGCAUAGAACAUGGAGUUCUAACUGGUACGAAACAUCACCAGGGGAUAUAUAAAUAUAAUAUACUUAAAAAAAAUAACGCAUUUAGAAAUAACUUUGGUGGUAUACGAGCUGAGUUUAUUAAAAUGUUGGAACAGCCUCCUAAAUCUGAAGAAGGUUCCUAUAAAUAUUCUGAUGAUGAUUUGAUAAAAAAGGAGAUUUGA